GCCAAAUAUCUUUAGCCGUUAUGUCAUGGUAUAUACCCGCUUGGUUGGACAAUAGUGUACGCGGAGCCUAGGUUAUGAUGGGUCAUAAGGGCGUACAAAGGAAAGAACGAAAGACGGUACCACAGUCUAAUCAAUGACCUUCUACCAACCCAGCUUACGAACAUUCGCUUUGCUUUUCCUUUGCAUUGAGAGUCAUCAACGUUCCAUAUCGUUGAUUGCACCCUUCCUAAUCAUUGCUCAUUUCCAUACAUUGGAUUGCUUACACUCCCGGAAGUUGUAUAUGGUUUAUUGCUCCAUUUUCAUGGCAUAUGCUGUCAAUACAAUCUCCUCCUCGGAAAUAGCAUUCCGAGAUUGCAAGUGCAAACCUUCGCCGUUCCAAAUGAGACGUGCCUAGUUUGAACCAAACCCCAUACCUUUCUUUCCAUAAAAAUGAAUUUAGCGAUAGUAAAUGGAGUCUAUUUGUCUAAUGAAGCGGAUGGUUUUUUCUCGUCCUAUUUGUUUCGAAGUGUAUUGAUGGUCUAAUGUCAUCAAUCCCCUCCAGAACUCGUUGUAAAAUUAAAAAAUAAACUCAGGAGAUGUUGUUC